AGGAGCCUCCACAUGGAUAAACAGUCGUAGCAUCAAGUCACGAUAUUGCUAAAGAAAAUGUCGAGUUCUUGGUUUGGAACUCUUCUUACUGUGAGUUUUGCAUUGUUAGUUGGUUCAUGCUUAGCAGCAGGUGAAGUUGAAUAUGAUGCGAAAGCUAUCAUCAUCAAUGGCCAACGAAAACUUAUCAUUUCUGGAUCAAUUCAUUAUCCUCGAAGUACUGCUGAGAUGUGGCCUGAUCUAAUUCACAAGGCAAAGGAAGGUGGCCUUGAUGCUAUUGAAACAUAUAUUUUUUGGAAUGCACAUGAGCCUCGCCGUCGUGAGUAUAAUUUCAGUGGCAACUUAAACUUCAUAAAAUUUUUCCGAGAAGUUCAAAGAGCAGGACUAUGGGGAAUUGUUCGCAUCGGUCCUUACGCUUGUGCUGAAUGGAAUUAUGGUGGCUUUCCUGUAUGGCUACACAAUAUUCCAGGGAUUAAACUAAGGACCGAUAAUGACAUUUACAAGAAUGAAAUGCAAAUUUUUACUACAAGAAUUGUGAACAUGCUUAAAGAGGCUGAGCUCUUUGCAUCACAAGGAGGACCAAUAAUUCUUGCACAGAUAGAGAAUGAGUAUGGAAACAUUAUGAGUUAUUAUGGAGAAGCAGGGAAAUCAUAUGUUCAAUGGUGUGCUCAAAUGGCUGUAGCUCAAAAUAUUGGUGUUCCUUGGAUUAUGUGCCAACAAUCUGAUGCCCCACCUUCUGUGAUCAACACAUGUAAUGGAUUCUACUGUGAUAAAUUUUAUCCAAACAAUGCUUCAAAUCCUAAAAUGUGGACAGAAAACUGGACUGGAUGGUUCAAGAAAUGGGGACAAAAAGACCCAUAUAGACCUGCAGAAGAUUUGGCAUUUGCUGUUGCACGUUUUUUCCAGUAUGGUGGUAUCUUGCAGAAUUAUUAUAUGUAUCAUGGAGGAACCAACUUUGGACGCACAUCAGGAGGCCCAUUUAUUACAACAUCCUAUGACUAUGAUGCACCAUUGAACGAAUAUGGAAGUUACAAUCAGCCCAAAUGGGGACACCUCAAGAACUUGCAUGCAGCGAUAAAAUUAGGGGAAAGUAUACUGACUAGUACUUACAGCACAGUCACAACCCAGAAAUUCUUGGAUGGUUGGGUUGAGCUGACGACAUACACAGACCUUGCUACUGACGAGAGAUUCUGUUUCUUGAGCAAUACAAAAAAUGAAGACGCGAAUAUUGACUUGCAACAAGAUGGCAUGUACUUUGUGCCUGCCUGGUCUGUUAGUAUCCUCCAAGGUUGCAAGAAUGAAGUUUUCAACAGUGCAAAGGUUAAUGUUCAGACAUCUUUGAUGGUAAAGAAACUACAUGAGAAUGAUAAUCCUCAAACACUAUCAUGGAUGUGGGCACCAGAGAACAUAAGAGACGCCCUUAACGGAAAUGGUAACUUCAGAGCAAAACAGCUUCUUGAGCAAAAAGAAGCAACUUCUGAUGCAAGCGACUAUUUAUGGUACAGUACUAGAGUUGAUCACAAUGAUACAAUCAAGAACAACGUUACCUUGCAUGUGAAUUUCUCAGGGCAAGUCCUUUAUGCUUAUGUUAAUCGGAGGCUUAUAGGUUCACAAUGGGGAUACACUUUCGUAUUUGAAAAACCUGCUCUGCUAAAUCCAGGACCAAAUAUAAUAACUUUGCUCAGUGUUACCGUUGGAUUGCAGAAUUAUGGUGAAUUUUUCGAUGAGGGACCUGAAGGCAUAGCAGGAGGCCCUGUUCAAUUGAUUCAUGGAAACACAACAAUUGAUUUGUCAUCAAACCUGUGGGCUUACAAAAUUGGAUUACAUGGGGAGGCAAAACGACUCUACGAUCCAAAUUCGCUCCAUGGAAAUCUGUUCAGGACAUCUGAUGAACUUCCUGUUGGGAGAGCCAUGACUUGGUACAAGACCAAAUUUCAAGCUCCCUCAGGAACCGACCCUGUGGUGUUGGACUUGCAAGGCAUGGGCAAAGGUCAUGCCUGGGUAAAUGGACGUAGCCUGGGAAGGUUUUGGCCAACGCAGAUUUCUGAUAGCAACGGAUGUAGCAGUACAUGUGAUUACCGCGGCAAUUAUAGCGGCGACAAAUGUUUAACCAACUGUGGAAAUUCUAGUCAAAGAUGGUACCAUGUCCCAAGAUCAUUUCUGAAGAAGGGUAGAAACACAUUAAUUUUGUUCGAGGAAGUUGGUGGAAACCCUUCAAAUGUAUCUUUCCAGAUUGUUACAGUUGGAACUAUUUGUGGGAGUGCAUAUGAAGGAAGCACAUUAGAACUGUCUUGUACCGGUGGUCGAAUCAUUUCCGACAUAGAAUUUGCCAGUUACGGCGACCCACAGGGAAGUUGCGGAUCAUUCAAUAAGGGGGAUUUCGAGGCUACUCAUAGCGUUUCUGCUGUGGAAAGGGCAUGCGUUGGGAAACAGAAUUGUCAGUUACCAGUUUCAAAUGCAACAUUUGGAGCGACCAACUUUGGCAGUACAGCGAGGUUGGCAGUGCAAGCUCUUUGCAUGGGAUCCAUUGAAUAUCAAGCAAGAAAGGGAAAUUGAACCCCGAUAAGUAAGGGAUGUCUAUUAGAUAGGGUUUCUAAUUGCAAUUAUGCUUUGUAAGAUACCAAAUUUUCAAUUCAUCAUUCACUAUUCACAUUGUUAAUUGCAACAUUUCUCUUAAAA